AUGUUGAAGAGACCUCCACAGCUAAUAAUUCCACUGUUGAAGCAUUACACAGGCCAUGUCACUUGGCGCGACGGUAGUUAUUACUACCCAAAGAUUAAGGCCAAAUUUGAAGAAUUCAGAUUACAGGAUAGGGUGAGGGAAUUCCCUUUCAAACAGUUCUUUGAGAGAGAGCCAUUACAAUUUUUAAGAGCAUUGAUCCAUCAAUUGAUGUUGCACAAAAUCAAAUCUGACAAGCCAGAUGAGGUACAUUUUUACUUGGCGAAGAAGAGAUGUAGAUUUGGUAGGGUGGAGUUUGGUUUGGUGACCGGGUUAAACUUGUUGCCCGAACCUAUUGAAGAAGAAAUUGAAGAGAAAGGAAGUUCAAAUCGGUUGAUUAUGGAGUAUUUCAACGAUAAUCCUUCCAUCAGCUUUGGCCAACUGCGCAGAGUUUUUGAGAGCUGCACAGAAGUUGAUGUCUACAAGUUGGGGAUGGCCUUGUUUGUUAUGGGCGUCCUCACUAGUAAGGAGGAGAAGACUGAUGUUCCUCCUUUUGUCAUAAGAAUGGUUGACAACCUACCAUUCUUCUACAAGUACCCGUGGGGAAAGAUUUCGUACAACAAGUUGAUGGAAACUUGUAAAAAAGACUACAUAGAUGUGAAGAAUAAGAUGCUUAAGAAGAUUGAAAAGGAAGUUAGUCAGAAGGAGGCUAAAUACUCAUCUUACGGUUAUACUGCAGUGUUAAAGUAUUGGGCAUACGAGGCCAUCCUGGAGCUGUGCAACAAGUAUGUUGUUAAGAAGUCGCAUCGCUUUUUGAGAAUGGUGAACUAG